CAAGUUUAAUAAAAAAUCUUCAUAUUCCACUUCGAAAAUAGAAGAGUUUAACAUGUCAAAUCACUCAUUUGAUAAAAUCUCAAACCACUAUUAAUCAAUGUAAUAUAAAGGCAAGUAGCCCAAAUUUUGUAUUUUAUGGAAUAAUCCCAAAUCAUUAUCAAUUAAUGUCCCAACUAACUGAUGUGAAGAAUAACUCUGAAGUUGUACUGUUUGCGUUGGUUUACCAUCAAACAUAGCCGCAUCACGAACCAAAGCAAUUAAUAAACGGGGUCUUCUUGAUUUGCUAUCAGAAUAGUAGGGGUAGCUGCAAUUCGUCAGUUGCUCCAUCUACGCAUUCUAGUUAGAAUAUGUGGCAUAGGUUGUAGAGAUUAGGGUUCAGUGAUAACUUUGGAACAUGAGGAGAGUAGGUUCGUGGGGGAGGAGACCCGGUGAGUAGAAUGAGAAGCUUUGGCGAGGCUGCGAUGGGUGCAUGAUUAGUGGGCCAAAUCAUAGUUUGGGUCGUUUAAAUAAAAAAAAGUUUUUACUUUCGUGCCCAACAGACCGGCUUCACUGACGCCUUCUAAAUUUACCCCGCCAAAAAUUGCUUUGGGUGCAUCAAAUUUGAAAUGGGAUCGCUCAUUUCUCAUUUGACCUUUAUAUUAUGUGUAGAUUGUGAGAUUGAUGAGUGUACAUGUAGACAUGUCAUUGUCCUACAAAUUCAGUAACACGCAAAAAUGUAGUGAAAUGGCAACCUAUUAACUCAAUCUCGUAUAAUGAUCGUUGUAUUCAAUCGUGCCAGAUUAGGAAUAUGUUUCAAAUGUAGUGGUUAACCCGACUAAAAUAUUAAAAGAACCAGUCCCAUAUAGUUUGCACAAAGAUAUGAUUGCUUCAUAGUAGUUCUGAAAACUAAUACUAAUUUAAGAAGUCAACAUUGCUUCUACAUAUUUAAUAUUGCAAUUCGAUACGCUAUAAAGUUGAAUCCCAUGACGUGCCUUUUUCAUGAAUAAGAAAAAGUAAUUGUGAAGACCAAAAUGUCCUUCCUACUUUCACUCUCGUUGCAGGAAAUUUGAAAUGGAGCAACAGUUUUCCCCUUCCGGCUAUUAUAUAUUGUGUAGAUCAAUCAAUUACACACCAAAAUUUUUGUAUAAUAUAGGUUUGAAUCAAGUAACAGACCUAGGUAGAGGUCUCCUAAUAUUCGGAUGCCUAUGCUAGAGGGCCAACGACACAUCCCAUUGGCCAGCGAUAGAAGAGAGGGAAUAAGUGAGAGAGUAGAAGUCGGGGAAGAGAAAUGCGUUCGUUUGGACUUAGGAUGGAUCAAUUGAAAAUCGUGUCAAUUGUCUCAUUUUAAAAAAACGAGUCAAUUCGAGUUGUCUGCCUCUUCCCCAGACAAUUGUAAUUGUCUCAAAACGAGUCAAUUUCAUUUUUUCCAGACAAAAUUGCUUCAUCUAAAUUUUGUUGCCAAAUAAAUCAAUUUUGCCAAAUUGUGUAAAAAAAAAAGGAUCAAAUUGAUCCGUUAAAAUUCCACAUCCAAACGACCCCGGUGAAGGUUUGCAAGCCAAAAAGCUUUUUUAUGUUAAUCUGUUGGUAGGUUAGGUUCUCAAGUUCAUUAGGCAGGUUUGUUCUUAUGUAUAAGUCGAGUUGUUUUAUAUUGGGUAAAAUUCAAGUGACUCAGCAAUAUGUUAGCCAGAUUGGUAGUUGUUUGACUCGUCAUAAAAAAGCUAGUGCAUUAAUAAAGUUUGACGGGAAGAUAUGACCGGUGACUAUUGAUAAAAUGAUUAUAAAAGAGAGUGAAUAAAAAAAAUUCAGGCAACAAAUAUGAAAGGUCUUGAUAAUCUGAGUGACCAACCGUGUAAUCAACACAUCCCUCUUUAAUAUAUAGCAGUACUUCAGGAGAUUUUGAGCAUUUCAAAUUCCUUGCACUCUUCUUAAUUGUAGCUAGGGGUAAAUUUGCAAGUUUAACUUCGAACUUAAAUAUCUUCUUACGAGAAAAAAAUGUAAUUACAAAGACUUGAACUCGAGUCCUUCAACUUGAUAGUUAAUAUCCCUAACCAACUGGACUACAACAAUGUUUACGUAUUUUUUUGAAUUAAAGAGAGAUACUAAAAUAUCUCAAAAUCGUAGGACUAUCCACCGCGACAAUCAAUCAUCGAAUUAAUUAAUAACUGUAAUUAUUUACAAAGUGAAUCAUCAUGAUAUGCCUAGCUUUAUGAAUCAACUAAGUGAGUUCCUCUAAUCACACAAUUCUUCACCAAGAAUCAAAUAGUACAUUAUGUAUGUCUUACAACUUUUAAAUUUAUUAGGUUACAUGACUUUGUAGUUUGUAGGAAUACAAGGAUUGUUUACAAAAGUGCUAUACAAAAUUUUAUUUCAAAACAUAAAAUUUGACAUUUUGUGAUCUAUGGUUUUGUAACGAGACAUUUUCAAUGCUAUAAGUGAAUGACCAAAAAUCAUUGGCUAACAAUUUCCCUAAUGGUUGACAAUUAUAAGCAUAGAAUUGAAAGACUAAAUACCAUUGAUAAAUGAGCCAAUUAUCAUUGGCUAAAUUUAACAAACAAUGGUAUGUGUAUUGAUAACAUCGUAUAUGCACAUGUCUACACUCUUGUUUCCUGACCAUUUUAGAUCAAAUUUGUGGUUCCUUGGCCUAUUUAACGCUAGGUUGUGUUGUUUUGUCGUAUCUCAGGUCUUAGCGAGUAAAGGGAUGCAUAGGCGCAAGUUUCGGGUCAUUUGGAGGUCAGUUGGCGAUUAGAUUCAAAUUACGGGCAUCCCCUGCAUAAUUACGGGCGUAAUUGCCUCUGCCCUGACCGUAAAUGUAAUGCCGAGCCAAAUCCCUAAGAAUAUCUGUCGAAGAGCAGAAUACGGGCAAGAGCAUAAUUAAAUAUGGUCGUAAUUCCACGAUUACAGGCAGUAAUUGGGUAACGACGACCGUAAUUCCCCUCAUCAGUGUUAAGUGAAACGCGCGUUUUGGGUAAAAUACGGGCAGGCCAUGUUUACGACCAUAAUUCAGCUCGUAUUUCGCCUAGAAUCGGGUUUUUGAGGCAGAUUCGAGCCAAAAUAGAGGGAUUUGACUUUUUGGAGCAAAAACAUAGUUUUAGAGAGAUAAAGUGCAAAGAACAAACCCUAGGAGUUGGAUUUCUCAUCAUUGAAGCCCAGCUUGCAUCCCUAGGAGUGAAGAUCAACAUCCCAGAGCAGAUUAUCCCCAUAUUUAUGAGUAUGACUGCUUUGUAUUCUGUUUUCCUCUCUCUCUCUCUAUGGAUUAGAACUUUCUCUCACUUGGGUAUGAAGAACCCUAGUUCCAUGUGUUAGGGAUAUCGAUUGUAAUGACGUUUGGUUUGUGAUACUGCUUGAUUAUAAUCUAUUGAAGUGUUUUGAUAGAGUCAAUUGAAGUCUGAUCAUCUUUUAUUGAUUUCUGCUGCAACCUGAGAUAGAUAGAAUCUGAUUAGGUUGUUAGAUCUCUUUCAAUUGGUAGUAGUGAAUCGAUUAUACGAGAGUUAGUCGAUUCAAUGCUUUGUACUGAACUCAAUUCCAGUAGUGGAGUUUUGUGUUCAUUGCCUCAGCAGUCCAUCCUGGUGAAGACUAGUCGUCUGCCGGGUAGUCUGUCUGAGAGGGCUUGGUCAGCUUAAGAGAUUCCAAGCUACUGUCGGAUCUUCCGCAGUAUAAUCAAUAGUAACACAACCAAAGGUAAUUACAACUUUGAUCUAACUAAGGAACUAGGGGGACUCAUUCCCGAGUGACUCUUCCCUUGCUUUAGAAAACUGAACUAUUUCUUGCUUUCUUACUGCUUUUGCUUAAAAUCACAAUCCCUCGACUUAGUAUGCUAGAUAAUAGAUAAUCACGGAUUAGGCAGUAGAUCUAGACCCCGGGUUGAUAAAUAAAACUUGCCACUAUUCCGCAUUUCCGGACUGCGAUUACACUUGGUCGCAGUUUGGUGUUGUGUUUUAGCGUGUCAAGUUUUUGCCGCCAUUGCCGGGGACCUCUAGGUUAUUGUAGAAACGUGAAAGUCUGUUACUUUAGCGUUUUUCUUUUCUUUUCCACCCUUGCUUGUCACUUGGGUGUUAUGUUUUUGGUGGUGCAGAUCUGAAACAUGGAUCCUCAUGGCUUCUCCAAUCAUUGGGGGUAUCAACCACCAUCCGUGUGAUAUUACCCCGAGAAUUCAUGAAGCAAUCAAGGAGGAGAAGACUAUGGAUUCAGAUGUCAGUACCAACCCCCUACUACGGAGAACAACCAAACCCUUGGGAACCUCAAGAACAAUAUCCUUUUCAAGAAGAAUUCCUGCCACAACCAGAGGGGCCAUCUGAGUUAGAGUUAGCCAUGGAGGCCUUCACGGGCCACUCUGCAGAACCAUGCUACACUCCACUGGUAGAUCCGAACAAACAAUUGAGGCUUCUCGUGGAGCAGUUUGCUCUAGACACUGAGAGAUCAUGCUCGAAGAUGGAUCUUCCAAUCCAAGCCAUUUCCCCUUCCGAUCCCUCAUUUAUCCAUGAAAUGGAGGAGGCUAUUCAGUGCUCAGCAAAGCAAACAAAGUGGGUGGAACAACUUUGUGCACAGCCUGCUCAAGAUCACCUUUCUGCUACCACACCAGAAGAGGUGGAGGAUGACAAAGGCUACGGGGACGUUGAGGAGCAUACAGAAGUUAUCACAGAGAACUCCCAUGAUAAUCAUGAUUAGGAAAGUCCUCUGGUGGCAGGUCACACCUUUUCUCAUUUCUACUCUAACAUGUUGGGCCGGUGCGAGAAGAUGCAAGAUGAUACCAUUGAAGAAAUUGCUUGGCAACUUGCUCUCCAAUCUGUUUGGGAAGAAGAAGAGAGAGCAAGGGUUAGGAAAGAAGUUGUGGAGGAUGAGGAAGAAAGCAAAGAAGGGGUAGUUCUUGACCUUUUCCAAGGGGAGAGACCAUAUUUUGAAGAAAGAAGGGGGGGGGGGGGUUGAGGAAGCAAUUGGCUUCCAGGAUGAGGAUGGAGUUGAGGUGGAAGAGGCUUGCACCGGCCCUAUGUUACAUGUGAUAUCUCUACCAAACUUUGAGGAUCUGCUUGGCAAGGAUCCAUUUGUAGUGUCUCUUUGUCAGACCAAAUCAACAUCAAUCCCUCUUGGUGGAUGCGAUGGUGGUCAAUGGAAUAUAUCUUAUCUGGUUUG